AUGCCUCUCGUCGUUCCUGGUAUUAACUCCGCCAUGGGCGAUAAGUCCGAGUGGAUGUCCAAGUUGGUGGGCAAGAAGAUCAGCGAUACCGGCAGCAAUGAAAUUUCGUUUGCCAAGAAAGACCUUCCUGAGUCUCAUCGCGUGCUCAAGCCCGGUGAUAUGAAGACUAUGGACCACAACCCUGACAGACUUAACAUCCAUCUCGGAGAGGACGACACCGUUCGGGACGUUACUUACGGCUAA